UGAAAUAAACCUUAAACAGAAAGGGUUAUAAAUGCCAGGUAAAAUGGAUAAUCUGUGCUUUCAUGGCCGCAGUGACAGAUAGGGAAAGCCUCCGAUGAAAUUGAUCUGGCAUGGGUUGUACAGUGAUGCGUGACAUUUGUACCCAUCAUAUAUAUUUCACGGAUAUUCUGAAUUUAAACCAAAUUUCAGUGAAUAUUCAUUACUGUAGAGUGCCAGUUCCCCCCUUCCACCUCUUCUCCUCUCCCCUUCCCAAGAAGGCCUGCAAAUCUGUCACAGAAGGGGCGAGAACAAAACCCUAGAAAGUAUCGGUUUUCCAUUCUUGUUAAGUGUAUUGAAUUUUGUUUUCAUGUGGUGAAGCGAGAUGGAUGGAGAUGGAAAUAUGAAUCUGAGGAAUUGGGGAUUUCUUGAACCCCCAGGGAGAACAGUUAACAGCCAUCUAGGGCUUCAGUUGAUUUCCCCCAUUGUCGAAAAGCCCCUUUUCGGUGGAGCUUCGCGUGACCUUCAGCAAGCUCCUCAGUUGCCCGUCAUGGCCUCCACAAACGGCGGUCCCUUCCAUCACCAUCGCGUCGGCGGCCUGUCUGAGUCAUAUGUUCCAAUGGAUUACUGGAUGAAUGCCAAUCGUGAAAAGUACUUCAGUGUGUUAUCUGGAAAUCAUACCCAUGGCUAUUAUCAAUCCAAUUAUGGAGCUGCUCCUUCACCAGAGACGUCAGCUGCUCAGUCCAUACAAAUGCCUCAGCAGAUUCCUCUACCAAAAAAUGAAAAUGAUGUCUCCAGAAUGGAUGUCUCUGAGGUACAGGAUGAUAAUGGUUGUGGUGAGGCAGUGGUGAAGAAGAAGAGGAGUGGUAAAGUUGCAAAGUGUCCUCCAAAAGAGAAGAAACAAAGGACUACAACUCCACGGCUUCCAAAAGCCGAGACCAAUUCUUCAGCACUUAUUGCAGGGGCUGCCAAAAAGCAUUCUGAAGUUGUGAUUAUUAAUGGAGUCAGUAUGAAUAUCUCGGAGCUCCCUGUUCCAGUUUGCUCGUGCACUGGGACACUGCAUCAAUGCUAUAGGUGGGGAUCCGGUGGUUGGCAGUCGGCGUGCUGCACGACUGGUUUGUCUGUGUAUCCAUUGCCAAUGAGCACAAAGCGACGUGGUGCUAGGAUUGCUGGCCGUAAGAUGAGUAUUGGAGCAUUUAAGAAGGUGUUAGAGAAGCUUGCGACUGAAGGUUAUGAUUUCGCCAGCCCUAUUGAUCUGAGGAGUUAUUGGGCGAAACAUGGUACAAACAAGUUUGUGACAAUCCGGUAAAAAUUUUGUCGCGGGCUCCUAGUGUAAUGUGGCGCUUCUUUCCCUGGUGUACAUUAGUCUAAGCCCUGGUCGGACCGAAGAGUUUGUUAGUUUUUUAACUGGCAAGCUUCUUAAAUUCAACAUCCUGAAACAUUCGAGAUAAGAUUUUCUGGAUUUGUUCGUAUCUGUAGUUUGAGAAAAACCAUGACUCAGUUAUUUUGUUUUGCAAACCAGGGAUGGGAAUUAUAUGUUUUGUGCAAGUAUGGAACUUUGCUGUUUUCUUAUCGUGAUCUUGUUUGCUGCA